CAAAGAUGUUUAAAAAUAGAGAAAACCUGAGUGCUUAUCCGUGUAACGCCACUGUAUAUAAUACACAUCUUCCCUCUCGGUUAUCUACAUAUUACUUCUAAAUUUAAAAGAAUAGAAGAAGGCCAUUUCAAAUAACCAAACAACACAAUGAAUCGUCUCUCGUGUUUUCUUCUCACAAUUGGAUUGUGCAUAGGUUUGAGCAGCGCAAAGUGGAAUGAAAAAAACUCCGUGCACUUUAAGAACUCUCUUGGUCGAAACAAUAUUUUGAAGAUUAAUUGUAUAUCAAAUGACGACGAUCUAGGCUUCCACUUUCUACGACCUGGAGAAACCUACGAAUUCAGUUUUCAUGAUAGUGUUUUUAAAACAGAAUUCUUUUGUGACCUAUGGCAAGGGCCAAAUUUCAAGUUCCAUGCAGGGUUCACUGGAUAUGUAGGUGGUGGUCUUAUAGUUCAUUAUGGUAAAAAGAAUUUUUGGGAUGCUAGAGAAGAUGGAAUUUACUUCACACAUGGCCACAAAACACCCAAGUUAGAAUACACGUGGAAAUAACAAUUUGCUCAUUUUGG